AUGGAUUGGCCUGCUUAUUCACCUGACAUGGCACCAAUUGAACAUUUGUGGGAUCAACUUGGUCUUCGUGUUAUGGGCAAUCAUCCCCCAACAGUGGAUCGUCGUCAGCUAGCUCAAUGGCUGAUCCAGGAGAGGCAAGUGAUACCACAACGUUCACUGCAGAGAUUAGUGACAUCCAUGAGGCAACGUUGUGUUGCACGUGUUACUGCAAGAGCAAUCUUGAGUGACGUAAUGGCAGAUGAAGAAGCUGAGUUGUUGGAAGACCUCCUAAGUAAAUAUAACAAGCUGACAAGACCUGUAGAGAACAAAUCGGAUAUUGUAGAUGUCUUCAUCGACCUAGUUGUAGUUAAAAUCCCAGACAUUACCUGGAUUGAUUAUCGUCUGAGUUGGAAUGCAUCUAAUUACAGCGAUAUACAAUGGUUAUUAGUUCCAUCCGAGAAAGUUUGGUUUCCAGAAUUGUAUUUAGAGAACACAUUUAUUGAGGGUGAAUUGCCCUCCAAGCCUACAUAUGUACGCAUAGAGUCCAAUGGAACAGUGCUGUCACUCAACCACGCCAUGUUAGCAAGUCAUUGUUAUCUGGACAUGACGUAUUUCCCGUUUGAUUACCAAACAUGCAAUCUAAAAUUCUCAUCGAUAACAUACUACAGUACAGAUCUCCAAAUACACGUAAAAGAGAACGUGUUUGUGGAUGAUUUCGUAUUGUUUCAAAACUACGAAUGGACAGUCCUUGAAGUAAACACAUACGUAAACUCUGUUGAGACUUCCGUUCUCUCGCCGAAAGAACAACCAGUCGCGACGUUCGAAAUACACCUUGAAAGGGUCUAUUUAUAUUACCUGAUGAAUAUUAUCGUACCUACGUUCAUGCUAUCCGGCUUGUCGCUUUGUGCUUUCUGGUUACCCCCGGAUUGUGGUGAGAGAAUUAGUUUAAGCGUUUCGCUUUUGGUAACAAUGAGUGUAUUUGAACUGUUGGUAGCUGAAAUAAUUCCUACAAAUACGAAUAAAGGCCCACUUAUCGGUCACGUGAUAUUGUUUGACAUGGCGGUGAUUGGGACGGCGGUCAUCAUUAGUACCAUUGUGAUCAAUAUGCAAAGAAAAAGUACUUCAGGGCGACCGGUAGGAAAGGUUUCUCGCAAACUGUGCCUGGGAAGAAGAUGUCGUGGUGGUGGAAUACGUGGCAGGUUUGACUCGACCGACAACCAUUAUGACCAUGUUGUUCUGUCAAACAUAUUCAACCAUGGGGUAGAAUGUGAUGAUAGAGUGACGACAAUUGAAAAUGAUGCUCUCAGACGGCAAAGAGAAGAGUAUACCAUUGAAAGACUUCGAGAUGUGCCAGGCAAAAACAGCAAUAAGGCCGAAAAAACGCAAGAAAAAAAUAAGUGCCACCAAACUCAGAUGGAAGUCACAAACAACGAAUGGGAGGCACUUAUUAGAAAUGUUGACCCAAUCUUGAGUGACGUAAUGGCAGAUGAAGAGGCCGAGUUGUUGAAAGACCUUCUAAGUAGCUAUAACAAGCUGACAAGACCUGUAGAGACCAAAUCAAAUAUUGUAGAUGUCUGCAUCGACCUAGCUGUAGUUAAAAUCCCAGACAUUGAUGAAAAAAACAAACUGAUGAUGUCGAAUGUUAAAUUCAAACAGACCUGGAUUGAUUAUCGUCUGAGUUGGAAUGCGUCUAAUUACAGCGACAUACAAUGGUUAUUAGUACCAUCCGAGAAAGUUUGGUUUCCAGAAUUGUAUUUAGAGAACACAUUUAUUGAGGGUGAAUUGCCCUCCAAGCCUACUUAUGUACGCAUAGAGUCCAAUGGAACAGUGCUGUCACUCAACCACGCCAUGUUAGCAAGUCAUUGUUAUCUAGACAUGACGUAUUUUCCGUUUGAUUCGCAAACAUGUAAUAUACGAUUCUCUUCAAGGACAUACUUCAGUGCAGAACUCCAAAUACUCGUAAAGGAAAACGUGUCAUUGGAUGACUUCGUAUUGUUUCAAAACUACGAGUGGACAGUCCUGGAAGUAAACACACACGUGAACUCUGUUAAGACUUCCGUUCUCUCGCCGGAAGAACAACCAGUCGCAACUUUCGAGAUACACCUUGAAAGGGUCUAUUCAUAUUACCUUAUGAAUAUUAUCGUACCUACGUUCAUGCUAUCCGGCUUGUCGCUUUGUGCAUUUUGGCUACCCCCGGAUUGUGGCGAGAGAAUUAGUUUAAGCGUUUCGCUUUUGGUAACAAUGAGUGUAUUUGAACUGUUGGUAGCUGAAAUAAUUCCUACAAAUACAAAUAGAGGCCCACUUAUUGGUCACGUGAUAUUGUUUGACAUGGCAGUGAUAGGAACGGCGGUCAUCAUUAGUACCAUUGUGAUCAAUAUGCAAAGAAAAAGUACAUCCGGGCGACCGGUAGGAAAAGUCACUCGCAAACUGUGCCUGGGAAGAAGCGGAUGUUGUGGUGGUGUGACACGUGGCAGGUCUGACUCGACCGACAACCACCAUGAUAGUAUGAUAACAAUUGAAAAUGAUGCCUUCAGACGGCAAAAUGAAGCAUAUGCCAGUGGAAGACAUCGAGCUGUGUCUAGUAAAAACAGCAAUAAGGCCGAAAGAACGCAAGAAAAAUAUACGUGCCUCCAAACUCAGAUGGAGGUCACAAAGAAUGAGUGGGAGGCACUUAUUAGAAAUGUCGACCGUGCAUGUUUCUAUAUCUAUUUGUUUAUCUUCAUAGCUGUUUGCAUAUCGGUGCUGAUGGUCCCAAAGUAUGGCGAGAUAUAA